AUGGGUCCUACCGUCGAAAGACGGAUACAAGGAGACAGUGUGGAGACGGAAGGCAGUAUGACAGCAAGAUUUCCAGUUUGCAUUGCUGGUGCUGUCGUUAGAUUCUGCCAAGAAGAGCGAGAAGCUUGUCUGGUUCCAGAUGGUCACCUUGACGACUGCUUUUGCUUAACAGGGAGGAAAAAUUGUCAGUGUUGUUGUCUGUGCAAGAGGAAAGAGGGCAAGGAUAAUCGGCACAAGAAGCCUACAGAUUGCGUCAAGAUUUUUUUUUCGAAAUUUAGAAAUCAGAACAAAUUGUUUAUCGACAUGCAAGAAUGA